AUGGCAUCACCGGGAGAGACGAAACCAUCGAGAUUAAUAUACAGUAAACAGUCUUUGAUCAUUUUGACGGGAUUGCUUUUUGUGGUAACCAUAUUGUUAGCAGCAUCUGCAGGAAACCUAACGCGACCCUUUCCGUCAACAUUCCAUCCCAAGUAUUUGCAAGAUUCCGUAGAAAAUGUCACGUCGUACAAUUUGCCAUGGAAACAAACCCAUGCCGUUAACAGCUCGACCGAGUUAUUCCGCGACAAAAUUCAAAAGCAUAGGAUAGCCGUCCUAAGGAAAGGGUGUGCCGAUGCAAGACAGAAUGGCGUAACGUUUAAACUGGGUGGGAAAUCACCCAUUUACAAUGACAACUACCGGUUUAUAUUUAGCGCUGUUCCAAAAGUCGCCACUACCAGCUGGAAACGUGUAUUUCUCGUGUUACAAGGACAAGUAAACUCCACAGAUUCGUUGCAUCACAAGGCUGUUCAGCAUAAGUUCCACUACCCGAAACUAUCAUCACUCUCAACUCCCGAGGCAAAUGUCAGAGUGAAUACAUACACGAAGGUACUCUUUGUAAGAGAACCAUUUCAUAGAAUACUAUCUGCAUAUCGUAACAAAUUAGAAAACAUUGACAACUCUAGAUUUCGGCGAAAAUACGGAACAUCCAUCAUUGCAAAAUAUCGCAAAAACCCGUCCUUGUCUUCAUUGAAAACGGGCUCUGACGUCACAUUUCUAGAAUUUGUCAAAUAUUUAGCGGAUCCACAAACACGUUUUCAGGAUAUGGACAUGCAUUGGACUCCGAUAUUUGUAAUCGGUAGAGCGUGUAAUAUGAAUUACGACAUUAUUGGUAAGUUCGAAAAACUACAAGAAGACGCCCUCUACGUUUUAGAAAAAAUUAAUGCUCGUCACGUGGUUACGUUUCCAUCAUAUGACACUCACGUGACUAACAGUUCUCACGACGACACGUAUUCGAAGUACUACUCAACUGUUCCCGAGGAACUACUUUCUCGUUUAUAUAAAAAAUAUGAACUUGAUUUUACACUUUUUGACUAUGAUAAGCCGCAGAUAAUCGAACAAGACCGAGUGAACACAUGA